CCGUUCUGGCCCGAAAUCGGCCCGUGGGAAGUGAAUCUCCACUUUUUGUUAUCCGCCAUAUCCGUAUUUGUCUGCAUCAGACGCACCGAGGCCAAGAAGAAGAUGAGCAAAAAUCAGCUACACGCGUAGUUGACCUUAUACUGUAAUACUACUAGAAGCCCUUUGUCUAGUUCCUCAUCUACUUAUCCAAUUUUUCACCACAUUUUCUCGCAUUUUCCUUUGCUUUCCUCUUUUUACAAGCCACGACCGCCUUCGUCCCUUCUUCCUCUCGUCGCUUGCUUAAUGUUAUAGUCUUGUUAAUCGCUUCAUCUUUCCCUUAAAUCCGCAAAAUCGCUGUUGGGUUUGAGAUCUUUGUCUUUCUGCUUGAUCGUUGAAGUUAGAUUUGAACUGUUUUCUGCUGGUUGAAGGUCAUCUGAUACAAGGUUUGAACUCCUUUAUUCGAUUCUUGCCGAUUUUGUUUUGGAUAUGAUGGGGGGACAAUCUAGCAAGAAAAAAGGCGUUGAACCUCCACCACCACCCGCACCACCUCCGCCAUCUACAUCACCUCUCCAAAUUAAAAGCAAUUCCCAGUACACAGCAGACUUGAGAUCAUAUGAGGAUGCUUGUAAGCUUGAUCCAGACCUGCAAUCCUUUGAUAACGCCCUCCAUGAAAGGACUACCCGUGUAAUAAACAGCCUUGCUACUGGUGUUGGUGCUAGAUCACUGUCUUUUGACUCUCUCAAAGAGGUCACCAAUAGCCUUCUUGACAUUAAUCAAGAUGUGGUUGAAGUUAUAUUGGAAUGCAGGGAAGAUAUAUGGAAAAAUAAAGAUUUGCUUUCUUUGGUGGAGGAGUACUUUAAGAGUAGUGCCAAAACAUUGGAUUUUUGUACUUCUCUUGAGAAUUGUCUUAAGCGAGCUCGAAAUAGUCAAUUGAUCAUACAGGUUGCUCUCAGGCAGUUUGAGGAAGAAGUAGCAUUUCAAGAUGGGGUUGUAGAGAAGAAGUAUACAAAGACAUUAGAUGAAUUACGCAAGUUCAAGGCAGUUGGUGAUCCUUUCACUGAGGAGUUCUUUAUACUUUUCCAGUCGGUGUAUAAGCAGCAUGAAUCCUUGUUAGAGAAAUUGAAACUUCAAAAGAGGAAGCUUGAUAAAAAAUUGAAGAACAUGAAGACAUGGAGGAGGGUAUCAAAUGUGUUAUUUGUUGCUACUUUUGUUGCUGUGUUGAUUUUCUCAGUAGUGGCAGCCGCCAUGGCUGCGCCGCCUGUUGUAACAGCUUUGGCAGGUGCACUAGCUGUUCCAAUUGGCUCAGUGGGGAAAUGGUGCAACUCACUUUGGAAUCGCUAUAUGAAAGAAGUGAAGGAGCAGAAGGAGUUGGUGAGCUCAAUGCGAGUUCGAACAUUCAUUGCAAUCAAGGAUAUGGAUAAUAUAAGACUACUUGUCAACAAAUUGGAAGUGGAAAUUGAAUCACUCUUGCAAAAUGCUAGCAUUGCUCUUAUGGAAGAGAAUGCUUUGAAGCUUGUGAUAGAUGAGAUCAAGAAGAAGCUGGAUGUAUUCAUGCAAUCCAUUGAGGAUUUAGGUGAACAUGCUGGUAAGUGUAGCCGCGACAUAACACAGGCGAGGGCAGUGAUGUCGCAGAAAAUUAUCAGGUAUCUUGACCAGUGAAGAAGUCCUUGAAUAUUUGUACUAUGACUUUGACAACUUGGUUACCUUGUGUGAAUUUCAUGUUAUAGUUAGAGGGACAAAUGCAUUGUGUUGUCCAACUUAAUUCAAUCUUUAUAAAGAAAAUUAUAUUGUUGAGCAGGCUUAUGCUCUCUUA